CAGGACAUAACGUUUUCUGAUUCACGUUUUCUAAUUCACGGUAGAGGACUUACACUACUGCCCAUCCACUUUUGGCAGCACGGUCUCUGACGCCUCUUGCGCACUGGUAGUGCUUGCAGGACCUCUACACAGCUUCUCCAUUAGGCAGUCUCUUGAUGGUGGGUAAGGCGUAUUGCUAAAGAAGCUAUCGCGUGGGCGCCUGGACUACAAAUCUGACGUUCACCUCACAACGUAUCGAACCCACAACGUCACGGCUUGACAGUAACUCACCCUACAGACGGAGAUGGAUAAACUACUGCCAUCAUUGCUAUCCUUUCCAGUUCAUCCGCCGCCCCUUCAGCCACUGUCCGACGAACACUAUGACCAGAUCAUAAAGUCGCAAGUCAAAAGCAUCAAGAAGCUUCCCGCAAAAACACUUCUCCAGACGACCUCUGGCGGUGAAGAUAUUCUUAAUGUUAUCAACCCGGCGCUGAAUUCAAUACCAUAUGCGUUUGCACUUCUCGCCCGCGUCAGCGAAGUCCAGAGCGCCCCCAAAUCGGCUCAAAACACUCCGCCUGAAGAGUUGUUGCCAUUAUGGGAGAAAAUCGUACACUUUCUGGAGAAAUUCGAUUCUAGACAGGUUAGAUAUAUUGGGUCAGAGACAUUAGAAAUCAUUACAGUUGUGGCAGCGCUUGCUCGUCAUCUUGGACAGCCUGGAGCUGCCGUUUCACCUAUCGCCAGCGCCAUCCUGCGACUGGACCCAGGAGCGUCAACAUUAACAUCGGCGCAUCUUAUUCUGAGCCGGCUGGCCCUUGAAUCCCAGGAAUACACUCGUGCGGCUCCCAUCCUCGAGCGGCACAUUUUAUAUAUCCCAACCACUGGCCGUCACCCGAAACAUGCCUGCUCGCUUCGUCUCACGGCCCAUGAGUACCUCACGGUAGAGUCGGGCCUCACCAAGAAAAUAAGUACACAAGAUAUCCUCGAAUAUUUCUCCUUCAGCGGCUCAAUAUUUAUCGGUCUACAACAGUGGGAAAACGCCGCGGAGUCUCUUGAGAAUGUCAUUACAUAUCCGGUCAGGGGAAUUGCGGUCAGCAAGAUAAUGGCGGAGACUUACAAAAAGUGGAAAUUGGUGAAGGUGCUUCUGACUGGGAAGGUCCCAACCCUUCCCCCUAAUACAAACAGCAAUGCUGCCAAAGCGUUCCAUGUCAUCGGGAAACCCUAUGACAUGGUGGCCAGUUUGUUUGAGUCGGGAACUGCUCCAAGACUCAACGCAGAGAUUACUGCGGGCACGAACAUCUGGAGUGGAGACGGAAAUGCUGGUCUGAUGCGUGUUGUACUGGGAGCCCAUCAAAAGCACCAGAUACGCAGGCUAUCGAGUCUGUACGAGACGAUUCCAGUCUCUUACAUCGCUCAAAAUACCGUGAGUGCCGAGACAGGUGCCAGUUUGGAGACUCAAGGCGCCGUGGAAGCCUUGGUCAGUAGUAUGAUAUCGCAAGGGGAACUACGCGGCACUCUUGUUGGCGCCCAGGGAGACCAACCUGCAUUUCUCCGUUUCGCCCCGACAGAACGGGUCUCUGAUGAAGCUGUGGUGGAACGAGAACUUGCUGAGGCCAUGGGGCGCAUCGAAAUUAUGGUGGAAGAUAUCAAAGCCACCGACCAUCUUCUUACGCACGAGAAGGAGUAUUUGACGUGGGUCCGUAAACAGAAGAAGAAGCAGGUGGGCGCUAGUUAUGCUGAUGCCUAUGGUGGAGAUGAUCUGGGUUGGAUUGUUGGCACGGAUGAUGAAGAUCUUAUGGCUGUAAUGUAGCCUAGAUCAGGCCCAGAUUGGGGAUAGGGGGUGGGUGUACAGACGAAGUGGAAGCUUAUGAAUCAUGACAACUGGGGUCACGGAUUAAUGAAUAGUAUGAGGAGACCACAACAAAAAAUUACAUAAUAUUUAUCCCAUUCAU